AUGUCAUGUCGUACCUACAGUGUAAUUAUUGGAAAAUAUAACAAAAGUGAUAAGAGAAAGUUCGUUAUAUCAUCAGCGAAAAUAAAGAAAGGAUUAAAAACUGAUUUUAUAAAAAGAAACUUUAUAUAUGGUAAUAAAAAAAAAAAAGAGGAAGAAAAUAUUUACUUGAAUAAAAUUUUUUCAAAGGAAAAAGACAAAAGUAGUUUAUUUGGAAAAAAUAACGAAAUUAUAGAAACGAAUAAUGUAAGUAAUAUUUUCGUAAAAGAGUUGUUAAAUGAAAGAAAUAUAUAUUAUAUGUACAUGUAUCAAUAUGUGUUAAUUGAGUUGUUAAAGUAUAACAAUCUUUUUAUAAAUGUACUGCAUUCAGACUGUGUGAUAGCUUACAUUAUUUAUUCUUUUUAUAAAAUAAAAUCUACAAAAGGGGAUGUUUCAAAUGGUGGGUCAUUAAACGCGCGUGUUACUACAGCUUCAAUGUGUCAAGGAGCCAUUGCAAGGGCUAGCACGACAAACGGUAAAAGAGAAAAUGUAUAUAUGGAAAAGUUAGGAAAAAAAAAAAAAGAAAAAAAAGUAGACAACAACGAUAAGAACAACAAUAGCGACAACCACAACUAUAAGAAAAACGAUAACGAUAAUGACGACAAAAAAAAAAAUUUUUUUUACCCUCAUAACUCUACCCUUUUCAUUGGCUGCUCAAAAGAGAAAACACUAGCACUGUACGAGACCAUAAUAAAACUAAAAAGUGCCGACAUAUCAACAUACAUAAUAUCGAACGAGAAAAGCAUUGAUAAUAUAAAGAAAAAUUUUUUUUUAUAUAAUAUUAUUGUCUUAAACAUAGAAAAUUUAAAUGACUCCUGCGAUUUGGGUAUUCUAUUGGAGCAAAUAAAUUUUGUUGUGGUAGAUGAUGUAUAUGAAAUAUAUAAAAAAAAAAAAAGUGUUAUGUUAAAAAAAAUUAUGAAAUAUUGUAAAGAAAAGCAGGAAAGGCAAGAAAGAGGUAAUAUGGUGCAGAUUCUUUUAAUAAAUAAAUUAUUUGAUGGAUGGGUUGUCAAUGAUAUGAUACAGUAUUUAAAAAAUAUAAAAUACAAAAUUAUUUUUGAAAAGAAUAUGAAUGAAAUAUCUUCUUCCCCAAAGAAGUUUAACCGUUUUAGCGGAGUUACUGAUGAUAUUUGUUACAACCCUUUUCACUAUUUCGAUUUGAGGGGAUACAGGAAAAACAUUUGUAAGCAUAUGAGUAUUAAUGCACCUUUAAACGACGACAAAAAAUUUUUAAUAUUAUUUUAUUUGUUAAAUAUAAACAAAGACAGAAAAAUAUUAAUUUAUUACAAUAAAAAUGAUAUAUAUGCUUUCUACUGUUUUAUCAAUUCGUACAUUCCAUGUGUGUUCAUAUCAAAUACCUACAACAGGUCAUGUAAAAAUAAUAUAGUGAGUACAUUGCGCAGAUCAAGUGACUAUAUCUUAAUUACUAAUGAUAUAAAUAUAAGAAAAAUUUAUCAAGUGGAUGCAAAUUUGUAUAUACACUAUACCUUUCACGAAAGCGUAUGUUCAUAUGUCGAUGUAUUAUCAGAUAAUAUUAUAAUGACAGAAGACAAUCCAGUAGCGCUAGGAGUACAAAAUGGAAGUAGUAUUCUGGAUAAAAAUGAAGAGAGUAACAUAGAAAAGAGCAGCAGUAGCAGUACCAAUGAGGAUAUUGUUGAGUCUGUCUUAUUUUACAACAGCAAAAAAGAAAAUAAAGAAUAUGAAACGUUGAACAGUCUGUUGAAUUUUACAAAUUAUUCUUUGCCCUCAUUAAGAAUCCUUAAAAAUAAUUUUCUCAAUUUUUUAAUUGAAGAAAUAAAGAAUGUUGUUAUCGAAGAUCACAAACAUAUAGAAGAGGCUAAAAAAAUAUAUGAAAAAUACGGGCACUCUUUUAUUUCUGCUUCUUUAUAUUAUAUACAAAAGAAGAAAGUUUUUUUGAAAAAUUUCAAAAAAAAAAUUUAUACUAAUAUAACUUUUAUUGUAGAAAAAAAUAUUCUUUUAAAUACGAAAAGUAAAAUGAUUAAUUUUUUAAAUGAAUUAUUAAAUUUUAAAAAAAAUGUUGGGGAUAUAAACUUUUUUAUUCAAAAUUACUUGUAUUGUAAAAGAGGGUAUAUCUUAUCAGUUCCUGAAGAUAUAUAUAACAUUAUACAUAAAAAUAAAAACAUCAGUGUAAAUAAAGAGAAAUACGCAGCUGUCUGUAUGUAUAUAUUGUAUAAUAAUUAUGAAAGACACUUUAGAACUACCCAUGCUAAGAAGGGCGAAUGCAGAUCGAAGAAGUCGAUCAGGAGGUUUAAGAAAAGGUUGAACAUAAAAAAGGAAAAAUCGGAAAUAAGCAAACUCAAAAAAUGGAUGGAGUCUAGCUUCACAGUAAGUGCAAGAAAUGCAAAGAAAAAGACAAGUGUAAUAUCUGACAUAAUCUGA